AUGAGCAGCGUUGGGGCUGCAUCGCGGGCCUUUCUCUACUGCUUCAACAAGGUCGAGGUGACCGGCCUGGACAACCUGCUGGGCGUGCUGGACCGGCGCAGAAAUGGCCAGCGUGACCGCGGCCUCUUGACUGUUUGCAACCACGUCUCCGUACUCGAUGAUCCGUUAAUAUGGGGGAUUCUCCCGCUGCGCUACGCCGUCGACGUCGAGAAUCUGCGAUGGGGCCUUGGUGCCCACGACAUCUGUUUCAAAAACCGCUUCUUUUCUACCUUCUUCAGCUAUGGCCAGGUGCUGCCGACGCAUCGACUGUGGCACUCGCCGCAAGGAGGCCUCUACCAGCCCACGAUAGCCCAAGCAGUCAAGCUUCUCUCCAGCCCCUCGUCCGUCAUCAAACCAUCCGACGUGACCUUUUCUACAAACGGCUCAGACUCCUUCGUCUCUCCCUCCAUAUACGCAGCCAACCGCCACGCCUGGGUCCACAUCUUCCCCGAAGCCUGCUGUCACCAGAAUCCCGAAAACACCCUGCGCUAUUUCAAAUGGGGCGUGUCCCGCCUGAUUCUCGAAAGCGAGCCGGCCCCCGAGUUCGUCCCCAUGUUCAUUCACGGCACACAGGACAUCAUGCCCGAGGAUAGAGGGUUUCCACGUUUCCUGCCGCGCAUUGGCCAGCGAAUCCGGGUAAUGAUUGGAAAGCCAGCCGAUUCGGAAAGUCUGUUUGGCCACUAUCGCACAGCCUGGAAGCGAUUGGUUGAGAAAAGCGGCGAUCCGGAUCUCCUCAAACACGAUCCCGAGGCCGUGCAGCUCAGGAUUGACGUUGCAAAGGCGGUUCGUGAUGAAAUUCAGAAGCUCAGGCUGAGCAUGGGCUUCGCUCCCGACGAGGACGAAACGGCCGCCCUCGCGGAUACGUGGUCCAAGGAGCCAAACAAACGUAAAUUCAAGAGCCCCGUAGAUGGUAGUCUUGUCAAUAGGCACUGAAUCCAAGCGCUACAAAUAAAUUGGUAAAAUCUCAAAAACCUCGCCGCUUCUGUCAUGGAGCUUAAGUUCAAAAUAUCUUGCUUCUUAUUAUAAAGAUGAAAUAUUUUGCCCCGCCUCGCUCUAAUUUUUGCUGAUGCUUCCGCUAUUGGUAUUAUCAUCCAGUGUAGCCUGAGUGUGCCAUGUCAUUCCGUCUUCUGGUACAGCGCAAGCCAUCAUUUUUUUUUUAUGUAUAAAUAACCAUGCUGUAUUCAACGCCAGCCAGAAAAGAGGCAACGAAAGGAUCCAAUCAAAACAGAAUGGCCAAGUUCGGCCGUGUGUAGUGCCUGCUCAUGGUGUCCAGCCGCGCAGCGCGCGCAGCCAUCUAUUGUGCUAAUAAUUGUUGUCGAAGCCCUGGGACGGCACCGUCUGCUGGAAGCUCCGCGCCUGCGCCUGGAGAGCAGCUUGCUGCUGCUGCUGCUGCUGCUGCUGCUGCUGCUGCUGCUGCUGUUGAAGGACGAUGUCAUUGAACCAUGGGUGCUGCAGAGCAUCGUGAGCGCUGAUGCGAAGCUCUGGCCGAACCUGGAGCAUGCGCUGGAUCAAAUCGAUGCCGGUGGGAUCAAUGGCGUGAAGAAUGCUCCGCAAAUCUUGGGUAGCGUACAUGUGGAACGUGGGCUUGUACUCUGGCAGCUGCGUGAUUCCCGGCCACGUACGCUCCGUGGGAGUGCCCAUGAUGCGGAAUAUCCUGACGAUCUGGUCUUCGUUUGUCGUACCAGGGAAUAAUGGCCGUCCCGUGUACAUUUCAGCCAUGAUGCAUCCCGCCGACCAAAUGUCGAUGCUCGUGUUGUAUGUCCUGCUGCCGAGCAAGACAUCCGGCGCACGGUACCACAGGGUGACGACUUCGUUGGAGAAGGUGUUGACGGGGAUGCCAAAGGCGCGAGCAAGACCAAAAUCGCCCAGCUUCAAACACCCCUUACUAUUAAUGAGCAAGUUUUGCGGCUUGAGAUCUCGGUGCAGCACCCGGUUCUGAUGGCAAAAGUCGAUUCCCUUGAGGAGCUGGUACAUGAAAGAUUUGAUUGUUGCUGGCUUCAGCGCGCCGCGUUCGCCGUGGGUAUCCAUGUAUCUCUUGAGAUCGCCAUCCAUGUACUCGAAGACGAGCAUCAGCUUGUUCUCGGUGUGAAUAACAUCGUGAAGCCCAACGAUAUUCUCGUGCUUGAGCUCCUUCAUAAGAGAGAUUUCUCGGAUGGCGGUUGAAGGCGUUCCCUCUUCGGAGUCGAGGUGGAUCUCCUUCAGCGCAACAAGCUCGCCAGUCUGGCGAUUCCUGCCUUUGAACACAGUCGCAUAUGUGCCCUCUCCGAGCUUCUCCAGCUGCUGGAACGAACUGGGGUGUCUUUUGCCGUCCAUUUCGACGGUGGUGUUUCUUGCUGCUACCGGAC